AUGAUGCAGCAGAUGAUGCAGCAGAACCAGAUGAUGGCUCAAAUGAUGCAAGGCAUGCAGGGACAACAACCUCCUACUCAAGCUCCUGUUCCUCAAACUGCGACUGGACCUGAUUUUCGUGCCUUCUUCAGGAUGGAUCCUCCAGAGUUUGUUGGCGGACUUGAUUCACUCUUGGCUCAUGACUGGUUAGCUGGAAUGGAGAGGGUGUUUCAAGCUAUUCAGUGUACUGAAGAAGAGAAGGAUUGGCAACACUUUAAAGUGGCAUUCUUAGAGAAGUAUUUCCCUAAUAGUGUAAGGACCCAGAAGGAGAGAGAAUUCCAGAACUUCAAGCAAGGUGACAUGUCUGUUUCAGAAUAUGCAGAGAAGUUUGAGGACUUGGCAGACUAUUCCAGACAGGCUGUUUAUGCUCCAGAUGAACUAUGGAAGAUUGAUCAUCUGAAGAGGGUUCAAGAAGAGAGGAACCAGAACAGGGCUAAUUUCAGAGAGCAAGGAAGGUCUACCCAGCACUUGAGGCCCCGUAAUCCUCCACCAAAGAGGAAGCAGGUUUAUGGUGAUCAGUCGACUCAGCCGCCACAAUGCCACAAGUGUGGAAGGAAGCAUGCCGGGGAGUGCAAGUUGGUGCCUGUGACUUGUUAUAGAUGCGGUGAGCAGGGCCACAUAGCUCCACGGUGUCCACAAAAGAGGAUUCCGGAGAAGACUGCAGGUCGUGUUUACACCAUGGAUUCGAGAAAGGCCAAGGGAAACAACAAUCUCAUCGCGGUCCUAUGA